UCUAUGGCCCGCGACAAAACUUCACCAUCGGAAUUUCCGGUACGCACAGUGCGCAAGAUAGCACUGCCCUUCUGCUGGAAAGCCAGUCUCAACCAGUGAAGCACAACCACAAUCGUGGGUCAUUCUUCUCCUCUCCACACAAUGUGAAACCCUAAGCACUCGAUUUGAGGCCUUAGAUAUCGAUGCUUGAAUGGACAUCACGAUCCAUUCAAACCCUAGCUUUCAUGUCGCUUCUAACUUUCCCUCGCUUUCUCUCCUUUUCCUUCUCUCCAAACACCCUCUCUUUUGGCAGACCUCGGUCACGGUUUCCAUUGGCAGCAAGCAAGGGAGCGGAAUCGAGUGCGGUAGACGACAGCGUAGCUGUUCUGUGGUUCAAGCACGACCUCCGUAUCGAUGAUCAUCCCGGACUCGUGGCGGCGGCGUCUCGGCACCGGACGGUCAUUCCUCUCUACGUCUUCGAUCGGCGGAUUCUUUCUCGUUUUUCUGAUGAAAUGCUGGAACUGGUUCUUGUUGCCAUGGAAGACUUGAGAGAGUCACUGAAGGAUCAGGGGUCUAAUUUGAUGAUCAGGUUCGGGAGUGCAGAAAAAACCAUACGAGAAAUUGCAAAAGAGGUGAAGGCUACCACCAUAUUUGCUGAAGAGGAGGUAGAGCACGAGCUGAGAAAGAUGAUAGAUACUGUGCAAGAGACUUUAGCAACAGCCCCACUUCUAGAGAGGAGCCCAGAGGUUGUCAUGUGGCACACUCCAUUUUAUGAUAUUAAGGACUUGAAGUACCUGCCUCCAUUAUACCAUGACUUCAAGAAGCUUCAACUGCCUAUAACCUCACCUCUUGGGCCCCCAAGAUUACCUUCUGUAGAAAUUGGAUUGGACUGGGGUCCUCUACCCUCGCUUGCUGAUUUAAAACAAUUUGUGAAUGGAAAUCCAAGCAAAUCAAAAGAGGAUUGGACUUCAAUUAAGGAGACCAUAGCUGAAAAAAUGUUGCUGAAUGAUCAGAUAGAUCAGGUUGAGCCCCCAAAUACUCUGAUUGGAGGAAUGGAAUCAUUGAAGUCAAGAGGAAGCAACCAGAUCAAUUUAAAUCAUGAACAAACCCAGAGAAAGAGAUUGCAAAAAUCUGUUUUUGUCACAAGCAAAGGGAAUUUAGUGGGAGGUGGGACAAAUGCUGUAUUGAAUGCAUUAGCUGCAUAUUUGAGAUAUUUGGAGGGAACUGGCCGAGAUGACUGGCAGGAGGUACAUGAAAAGUUACGCAAUGCUGAAAGUCGGGAUGGAGCUUCAUUUGGCAUUCUCUUUGGCUCUGCCCUUUUUCUUGGCAUCAUAUCAAGAAGGAGAGUUUACCAUGAAGCUAUCAAAUAUGAGAAAGAAAGAAAUGCUGGAUUUCUAUCUCCUUUCGGAUAUUCAGCGGCCACUAUUGCGGCAGCAGCUGAUGCUGUAUGCACAAUGGAGUGGUACUGGCUUAUGGCUCUUAAAAGUCAAAUCAGUGAUGAAGGACCAUUUUCUAUUCGAAUAUGGAGAUGGAAUGGCUAUCUAAUUCAGUAUACAGUUGUUGGUCAUGAAGGUCCUGCUGUUCUUCUUGUGCAUGGUUUUGGUGCUUUCUUUGAGCACUACCGAGACAAUAUACAUCCUGUAGCUGACAGCGGAAAGCGAGUUUGGGCCAUUACUCUUUUAGGGUUUGGCAAAUCAGAAAAGCCAAAUGUUUUUUACUCUGAACUCAUGUGGGCUGAACUGCUGAGAGAUUUCAUCAUUCAGGUUGUGGGUGAACCAGUACAUCUUGUUGGGAACUCGAUUGGUGGCUACUUUAUUUCUAUUGUUGCGGGUCUUUGGCCUGCUUUGGCCAAGUCUGUCAUCCUUAUCAACAGUGCUGGCAAUAUUAUUCCUGGAUAUUCUUCUGUGCCAUCUUCUAAAGAAAGGAGAACUUCAGGAGCUGCAUGGUUGGGUGCAAGACUCCUUUUGCCCUUCUUGAGAUCAAGACUCCCAAGCAUAGUAAAAAACUGCUACCCUGCUAAAAUGGCAAGAGCUGAUGAUUGGCUUCUUAAUGAAAUGCUACGAUCAUCAUAUGACCCUGGUGUGCUUGUGGUUCUGGAAAGUAUUUUCAGUUUCAAUCUCUCAAUUCCUCUUAAUUAUCUCUUAAAAGGAUUCAAUGAAAAGGUUCUAUUCAUACAGGGAGUGAAAGAUCCUAUAUCCGACUCAGAGUCAAAAUUGGCUAUGCUUAGAGAGCAUUUUGCUGGAAUCGUGAUCAAGGAAUUGAGUGCAGGACACUGCCCCCAUGAUGAGCUGCCAGAAGAAGUAAAUUACAUUAUCUGUGACUGGAUAGCUACUAUUGAAAGUAAGCUUCUUCUAGUUUAGAACUUUUUGUAGUUGGUUAUUUUGGUGCACAUUGCCUGCGGCUGAAGAUCUGUUAUUACAUUGGUUUGUCAUUGAUUUUUGCUACCUGCAAAUAUUUUAAAUCCAAAUACCAGGGCUAAAUGUGAAAGGUUAAGGCCUGAGCAACUUAGGUUGUCUCGAGUCAUGUAAAGACAGGAAAUUUUUUUAAUAUCUUUCUGGGAUGACCCAGUGUGUAAACAUAAUCAUAAAGUUUAUGAUACAUAUUCAUACUUGGUUAGAAAUAUGAUAUUGGAAUUCAUAGAGGUUAA